AAGGGGAUCCACCGUAUGGAGGCCAUGUUGUACGCUCUGGACCAGAUCAACAGUGACCCCGAUUUGCUGCCCAACAUCACACUCGGGGCGCGGAUCCUGGACACCUGCUCCAGAGACACCUACGCCCUGGAGCAGUCUCUCACCUUUGUCCAGGCACUGAUCCAGAAAGACACGUCUGACAUUCGUUGCUCCAACGGAGAGCCGCCCAUCAUCCGCAAACCAGAGAGGGUGGUGGGAGUGAUCGGAGCGUCGGCCAGCUCCGUGUCCAUCAUGGUGGCCAACAUCCUGCGCCUGUUCGAGAUCCCUCAGGUGAGUUAUGCGUCCACGGCCCCGGAGCUCAGCGAUAAUAACCGCUAUGACUUCUUCUCUCGGGUGGUCCCUCCGGACUCGUACCAGGCUCAGGCCAUGUUGGACAUUGUCAAAGCUCUGGGCUGGAACUACGUCUCCACGUUGGCCUCCGAGGGAAACUACGGAGAGAGCGGGGUGGACGCCUUCAUGCAGAUCUCGAGAGAGGCCGGUGGGGUGUGUAUUGCUCAGUCGGUGAAGAUUCCUCGCGAGCCGACGGCCGGAGAGUUCGAUAAGAUCAUCAGACGCCUGAUGGAGACGAGUAACGCCAGAGGAGUGAUCAUCUUCGCCAACGAGGACGACAUCAAGCGUGUCCUCGAGGCAGCCAAGCGUGCUAACCUGACGGGUCACUUCCUGUUUGUGGGGUCAGACAGCUGGGGCGCAAAAAGUUCACCAAUCACAGAACUAGAAGAUGUUGCUGAAGGCGCCGUCACCAUCCUGCAGAAACGGGCUUCAAUAGACGGCUUCGAUCAGUACUUCAUGUCUCGUUCUCUGGAGAACAACCGCAGGAACAUCUGGUUCGCUGAGUUCUGGGAGGACGACUUCAGGUGUAAACUGACUCGACCUGGAAUCAAACUGGACCCCGACAAGAAGAAAUGUACAGGUGAGGAGAGGAUCGGUCGAGACUCGUCUUACGAGCAGGAGGGGAAAGUGCAGUUUGUGAUCGAUGCGGUCUACGCUGUCGCUCACGCUCUGCACAACAUGCACCAGAGUCUGUGUCCGGGGAGCUCCGGAGUCUGCAGCAACAUGGACCCUGUGGAGGGACGGUCACUGCUCAACUACAUCAGAGCUGUCAACUUCAACGGAAGUGCAGGUACCACUGUUUUGUUCAAUGAGAAUGGAGAUGCUCCCGGUCGCUACGACAUCUUCCAGUUUCAGAUGACCAAUCACAGUCACCCUGGAUACCAUGUCAUUGGCCAGUGGACCAAUAACCUGAGACUCAACUUGGAGGAGAUGCAGUGGUCUGGAGGAGAUAAAAAAGUUCCAGAUUCCAUCUGUAGUUUUCCGUGUAAACCAGGAGAGAGGAAGAAGAUGGUGAAGGGCGUCCCCUGCUGCUGGCACUGUGAGCUCUGUGAUGGGUAUCAGUACCAGCUGGAUGAGUUUACCUGUGAGACCUGUCCGUCAGACAUGCGUCCUGCCCCCAACAGGACUGCCUGUCGCCCGACCCCGAUCAUCAAACUGGAGUGGAACUCCCCCUGGGCUCUGGUUCCCGCCUCUCUUGCCAUGCUCGGUAUCCUAGCAACCAGCGCAGUGGUGAUCACCUUCAUCCGAUUCAAUGACACACCCAUCGUCAGGGCGUCAGGCCGGGAGCUCAGCUACGUGCUGCUGACAGGUAUCUUCCUGAUCUACCUGAUCACCUUCCUGAUGAUAGCAGAGCCAGGUGUGGUGGUUUGUGCGUUUCGGCGCCUCCUGCUGGGCCUCGGCAUGGCCAUCACCUACUCCGCCAUGUUGACUAAAACCAACCGCAUCUACCGCAUCUUUGAACAGGGCAAGAGGUCGGUGACCCCGCCCAAAUUCAUCAGCCCCACCUCCCAGCUUAUCAUCACCUUCAUCCUCAUCUCUGUCCAGGUCCUCGGGGUGUUUGUGUGGUUCGUCGUCAUCCCCCCUCACACCAUCAUCGACUAUGAGGAGCUCCGCCCCCCGAACCCUGACCUGGCUCGAGGCAUCCUGAAGUGUGACAUGUCCGACCUGUCAAUAAUCUGCUGCCUCAGCUACAGCAUCGUGCUCAUGGUGACGUGUACGGUGUAUGCAGUGAAGAGUCGCGGUGUCCCGGAGACAUUUAAUGAAGCAAAGCCGAUCGGUUUCACCAUGUACACCACCUGUAUCGUCUGGCUCGCCUUUGUACCGAUCUUCUUUGGUACUGCCCAGUCCACCGAGAAGAUGUUUAUCCAGACGGCCACUCUGACCGUGUCCAUGUCUCUCAGCGCGUCAGUCUCUCUCGGGAUGCUCUACAUGCCGAAGGUUUACGUUAUCAUUUUCCAUCCUGAGCAGAACGUCCAGAAGAGGAAGAGGAGCUUCAAGGGUGUUGUCCAAGCUGCCAGACUGUCUCAGAAAUCAUUAAGUGAGAAACAGAACGGAGAAACAAAGAUUGAACCUGACAGAACACAGUAA